UGCUGGACCUCAGAAACUGACAGGAGUGAGAUUCUCUAACAGGCAGUGCACUUGUCUUCAUAGGGUGAACCUUGAAGUUGGGUGCUGCCCAACUUUGGCUGUCUCCAGUACUAGAGUGAGGGAGAGUACUAGAGUGAGGGAGAAAGAGCUCUGAUAGAGCCUGGGGUGAGGGGAAUAAGGGUAGAACAGUGGCUGAAAGCUUAGGCUUUGGAGUCAGUGAAAUCAGGGUUAUGGUUUUGUCUCUACUACCACCUAACUGUGUGGCCAUAGGCAAUUCCCUUAAUUUCUUGAACCUCAGUUUCCUUAUAUGUAAAAAUGGGUUUAAAGAUAGUUUUGACAGGACUGGGGGUGUAGCUUAGUGGCAGAGCAUUUGCCUCACAUGCGCUAGGCCCUGGCUCCAAUCACCAGGACUGAAAAAAAAAAAGGAAUAGUCCCGGCCUCUUAGGGAUAUGAUAAGGAAGGCAUGUGGAGCCUCAGUAUGGGCUAAUACAUGGCAAGUCACAGCUGAUAAUGUGGGAACUUACAUAAAAGGAAGGCAUAAGAAAAGGAAGCUAAGGCCUGAAGAAGCCCAUUCUGGAAGAGUGUAACCUGGGUCAUUCCUGCAGGACAGUGCUGUGGUAAUGUCCAGGACUCCAGGAAAAGAUGUCCUUAUGGUUGGAGGCCCCUAUGCCUGAUGUUUCUCCAGACUCUGCAGUGGAGCUGUGGGAGCCAGAUGCCCAAGAUGCAAGCAGCCAGGCCCAGGGAGGCAGCGACUUUCUCAGGGAGGAAGCCAGGAUGCCCCAGUCUGCUGGGGGCACUUUGGGGAUGGGGUCGGAGGCGACAGAGCCCACAGCCCCACUCCCCAGGGGGGAGGCCCUUCCAGAGCCCACAGGUGUCCUGUCAGAAGAACAGAUCCGCCUGAAGAAACUGAAGCGGCAGGAAGAGGAACAGGCCCAGGCCACAUCAGUACCCCCAAGGGCUUCAUCACCUCCCCAAGUCCCACCACGGCUCAGCCCUGAGCAACUGGGCAUGAUCGAGAAGUUGGUUGCUGCCCAGCAACAGUGUAACAGGCGCUCGUUUUCUGACCGACUUCGAGUCACGCCUUGGCCCAUGGCACCUGAUCCCCACAGCCGGGAGGCCCGUCAACAACGCUUUGCCCACUUCACUGAGCUGGCCAUCGUUUCUGUGCAGGAGAUUGUUGACUUUGCCAAACAGCUCCCUGGUUUCCUGCAGCUCAGUCGGGAGGACCAGAUUGCCCUGCUGAAGACCUCUGCAAUCGAGGUGAUGCUUCUGGAAACAUCUCGAAGAUACAACCCUGGGAGUGAGAGCAUAACCUUCCUCAAGGAUUUCAGUUAUAACCGAGAAGACUUUGCCAAAGCAGGACUGCAGGUGGAGUUCAUCAACCCCAUCUUCGAGUUCUCCAGAGCCAUGAAUGAGCUGCAACUCAAUGAUGCUGAGUUUGCUUUGCUCAUUGCCAUCAGCAUCUUCUCUGCAGACCGGCCCAACGUGCAGGACCAGCUCCAAGUAGAGAAGCUGCAACACACAUAUGUGGAGGCCCUGCAUGCCUAUGUCUCCAUCCACCACCCCCAUGACCGACUGAUGUUCCCACGGAUGUUAAUGAAACUGGUAAGCCUCCGGACGCUGAGCAGCGUCCACUCAGAGCAAGUGUUUGCACUACGACUGCAGGACAAAAAGCUUCCCCCACUACUCUCUGAGAUCUGGGAUGUGCACGAGUGAUUGAUGUGUUCUGGACCUGCAUGGCUGAGGCCAGGGGCUGCCUCUUGUAGGUGGAGAAGACUGAAAAGGGCAAACAUUCCUGGGAGCUGGGUGAAAAAGAUCCUCAUGUGGUAUUAAAGGAAAGUCAAAGGGUUGGGAGUUUUGUGGCUGCUGGGCAAUGGGGGGGCCCUGCUAAAGCUGGGCUUCAGCUGACAAAAUUACUGACCCAACCAAAUGGAUGAACCUGGGGACCACUUUGCACAACGUUCUCCAGGGCCCUGCCCAUUCUAUCUCCACCACUUCCUGUUUUUCACCCAAGGGCCCCAAAAGAAAUUCUCCACUGUCAUUCUGUGGCUUGGCCAUAAAUGCCUAGAGGCUGCACGGAUAGAUCUGGUACUUGGAACAGGAAGACCAAGAUAGAAACCACUUUCUGGACUGGGGGUGGGGCGUGGUCGUGAAAGAGUCUGGAUCCUUUAGGAUCUGGCUCUAGACUCAGUGGAGAGGGGCAAGUCAAGACUGACUGACUGCCAAGAGUGUCAGUAAGAGGGGGCUUCUUCUCACUAGCCCAAUUGUAACGUGUGAAAUGACAAGGCUUUUGAUACCCCUUCUCCUUUAAUCUUUCUGUGGGUAAGGAGUUAGAGCUUCAGAACUCAGCCUGCACCUCACACGUGCGCAUAAUGCCUUGGUUUUUUCAUUAGCGUCUGAAAAGGGGCACAAUCUGAAAGAACUAGGACCAGGAAAUCCUUCCUGGGGACAGGAAGAAAAGUACCCCGAGGCCGAGGCCACGGAGUCUUCCCUAUGUGUUUGCGCUCUCAAAAGGACUGGACUCCAUUUCCCAGCGGGCACCGCGGCACCAU